CGACCUGGCCCAAAUCCAACUUCACCAGAACAAGCCUCCCGGAGUCCAACCCUAAUUAACAAGCCAAGCGCAAAUUCCCCAACCUCACCGUCCUCCGCCGCCGCCGUCCUCCAUGAGCCGCAAAAAUUCCUCCUCGUCCUCCUCCUCCUCCUCCGGCGCCGGUGGUGGCAAGAAGGAGAAGCCUCUCUCCGUUUCCGCCAUGCUAGCUUCAAUGGACGGGCCGGCUCCCAACGCCAGGCCCUCCAAGGCGGCGUCCAAACCCAAGCCCUCCAAGCAGCCAGCGUCGUCGUACGUGGACGACAUCGACUUGCCCCCGUCCGACGAGGAAGAGGAUGAGGCCGACGUCGCCGCCAUCACCGCCAAGCCCAAGUCCUCUCGUGCCACCGUCGACCUCAACGCCCUCGCGCCGUCGGAUAAGGACUCGAAGAAGAAGGACAAGCGCGAGUCGAUGGCGGCCGCGGCCGCCGAGGCCGCCAAGAGGGAAGCUCUCCGCGACGACCGCGACGCCUUCUCCGUUGUCAUCGGCGCCCGCGUUCCCGGAUCCGCCGGGGCCGUCGACGGCGAUGCCGCCGAUGGGAACAUCAAGGACAUCGUUCUCGAGAACUUCUCUGUGUCCGCGCGAGGGAAGGAGUUGCUCAAGAGCGCCUCGCUCCGGAUCUCGCACGGUCGGCGCUACGGCCUCGUGGGGCCCAACGGCAUGGGGAAAUCGACCCUUCUGAAGCUGCUCGCUUGGCGGCAGGUCCCUGUGCCCAAGAACAUUGAUGUCCUUCUUGUGGAGCAGGAAAUUGUUGGUGACGACCGUUCGGCGACCGAGGCAGUGGUUGCAGCAAACGAAGAGCUCACGGCACUACGGGCUGAGCAGGUAAAGCUUGAGGCUUCUGACGAUCCUGAUGACAAUGAGAAGCUGGCCGAGAUCUAUGAGAAACUCAAUCUAUGCGACUCAGACGCUGCACGGGCUCGUGCAGCGAAAAUCCUCGCGGGGCUUGGGUUCGAUCAGGCGAUGCAGGCGAGGUCUACAAAGUCCUUCAGUGGUGGCUGGAGGAUGCGCAUCUCCCUUGCCCGUGCUCUUUUCAUGCAGCCAACAUUGCUGCUGCUUGAUGAGCCUACAAACCAUUUGGACCUCCGAGCUGUCCUUUGGUUGGAGCAGUACUUGUGCUCGCAGUGGAAGAAGACUCUGAUUGUAGUGUCCCAUGACCGCGACUUCCUGAACACAGUGUGCAAUGACAUCAUACAUUUGCACGAUAAGAGUCUGCAUGUUUACCGUGGCAAUUUUGAUGAUUUUGAGAGUGGGUAUGAGCAGAAGAGGAAGGAGAUGAAUAAGAAGUUUGAGGUAUAUGAAAAGCAGAUGAAAGCAGCUAGGAAGACUGGGAGCAAGGCUGCACAAGAUAAGGUUAAAGGCCAAGCACUGUCGAAGGCUCAUAAAGAAGUAGCCAAGGGGAAGGGGAAGGGGAAGAAUGUGGCUAAUGAUGAUGAUAGCGUGAAGCCAGCGGAUCUGCCGCAGAAGUGGCUUGACUACAAAGUCGAGUUCCACUUCCCAGAACCUACUUUGCUCACACCACCCCUCCUUCAGCUCAUUGACGUGGGUUUCAGCUACCCCGGUCGGCCUGACUUCAAGUUAUCAGAUGUUGAUGUUGGCAUUGACAUGGGAACACGUGUUGCCAUUGUUGGGCCCAAUGGGGCUGGAAAGUCUACUCUUCUAAAUUUACUUGCUGGUGAUCUUACCCCUGGUGAUGGAGAGGCAAGAAGGAGCCAAAAGCUGAGGAUUGGACGCUACUCGCAGCAUUUUGUUGACUUGUUGACAAUGGAGGAAAAUGCGGUUCAGUAUUUGCUCAGGCUCCACCCUGACCAGGAGGGAAUGAGCAAAGCAGAGGCUGUCCGUGCCAAGCUAGGAAAAUUUGGCUUGCCAGGUCACAACCAUCUUACUCCCAUCGUUAAAUUGUCUGGUGGUCAGAAGGCCCGUGUUGUGUUCACUUCAAUAUCAAUGUCGCAUCCUCACAUUCUCUUACUGGAUGAGCCAACAAAUCACUUGGACAUGCAAAGUAUUGAUGCGUUGGCAGAUGCUCUGGAUGAAUUCACUGGAGGUGUGGUCUUGGUUAGCCAUGACUCGAGGUUGAUAUCUCGAGUUUGUGAUGAUGAGCAGAAGAGUCAGAUAUGGGUUGUGGAGGAUGGCACCGUGAACAAAUAUGAUGGUUCAUUUGAGGAUUACAAGGAUGAACUAAUGGCAGAAAUAAAAAAGGAAGUGGAAGAGUAAAGCUGCUCAUAUUGACUCGCUUAUUGCUUAUUAUUUGUAGAAUGAGCUGGUUUCUUGUCCUGAAAUCUCAUGUCUUACUGGCAGUUUUUGUUUUCAUUGAUCUGCAUCAUAUUCAUAUGGUUCAUAUGCAUAAUAUUUGUAUGGUCAAGAUGAGUACUUUUUUCCAUUAUAAGUUACAGGAGACUGGGAAUCUUUUACGUUUCUUUUGUGCUAAAUUAUCCUGUACUAAGAUAUGUUGCAUGGAAUACCUCCAUAUUACAUUUCCUCAUUUUGAACUGCCAAAUGUUCAGUGUAUUAUGGUUA